UCCGCCCCAGCUCUGCCCUACUUUUACCAUGGUGAUGAUGCUGCAGCGGAGUGAGGAGGAGCAGGAGUAUCCCACAAUGCCCUUGUCGGGGCCGGAGAUGGAUGCUGCCUGCUGCAGCUCGUGAGCUUCUGUUGAGCUGACGCUUGUUGUUCCUGCCGCAGCUCGUGCUGCCAUUUCCAGACGGUCAUCUCCGACUAGCCGUUCGCGAUCACUGUCUCGUGCUUGACGGUGCGGCGAACACAGAUCCCCGCCGCUUUGGGUUCCUUCAACAAACGCGACCAUAAAAAGGACGGACACUGUCAUCCAGCGAUACCCACCGUAGACCGUCUCUGUCUCCCGGAGUAGCCGGGGAGAGGGGGUCCAGCGCCAGCCGCAGCAUGAGCAUGGACCCCCUGGCCAAGCCCUGCCCGUCCCAGGCGGAGCACACCCCCGGGACCUUCAGCGGCCGGCUGACGGCGCUGGAAGCUGCCGGGGAGGACAGCGAGUCCGGCUGCGGCGAAGAGGAGGCCAUGGGGGGCAGCGAUACGUUCACUAGCCUCGUCGAGAUGGAGGUGGAGACGCUGGAGGAGAAAUUAAAGGGUCUGGCUUUUAGGAAACAGACUUCGUAUAGGAAAGCCAUCUCGCGGUCGGGUCUCCAGCACUUGGGCCCGGUCCACAAACCCAUGCCCCUCAUCACUAACGGACCAUCCAAGGAGAUACGCACGUCCGUUGACUGGACAGAGACUGCUGGGAACGGAGACCACCUGUGGCUGGAGACCAGUUGUUCUGGAGAGCUGUGCUACCUUGGAGAAGACACCUGUGUACUGAAGACUGCAAAGUCUGCCCCCAGGAGGAAGUGCGGAGCGUGUAAGAUCGUAGUCCACACCGCCUGCAUCGAGCAGCUCGACAAGAUUAACUUCCGCUGUAAGCCAACGUUUAGAGAAGGAGGCUCUCGCUGCCUCAGAGAUAAUAUGUUGAGGCAUCACUGGGUGCACCGGCGCCGCCAAGAGGGGAAAUGCAGACAGUGUGGGAAGAGCUUCCAGCAGAAGUUCUUCCACAGUAAAGAGAUUGUGGCCAUCAGCUGCUCCUGGUGCAAACAAGCUUUCCAUAACAAGGUGACGUGUUUCCAGCUACAUCAGAUUGAGGAGCCCUGUUCUCUGGGGGCUCAUGCCGGGGUCAUCGUCCCCCCCUCCUGGAUCAUCAAAGUCAGGAAGCCACAGAGCUCAUUCAAAAACUCUACAAGGAGGAAAAAACGCACAUCAUUCAAAAGAAGGACCAGUAAGAGAGGAACUGACGAGUCAAAGUGGCGCCCGUUCAUGCUGAAGCCCCUUCCCUCCCCUCUGAUGAAACCUGUUCUAGUCUUUGUCAACCCCAAGAGUGGAGGCAACCAGGGUACUAAGGUGUUACAGAUGUUUAUGUGGAUCCUGAACCCUCGCCAGGUGUUUGAUCUCUCCCAGGGAGGGCUCAGAGAGGCGUUGGAGUUGUACAGGAAAGUGCCAAACCUGCGUAUCCUGGCCUGUGGAGGAGACGGGACGGUGGGGUGGAUCCUGUCUGCUCUGGAUGAGUUAGGAAUGACCCCCCAUCCGCCUGUAGCUGUACUUCCUCUGGGGACAGGAAAUGACCUCGCCAGGACUCUCAACUGGGGAGGGGGUUAUACAGAUGAGCCGGUGUCCAAGGUACUGUGUCAGGUGGAAGAUGGCUCUGUGGUGCAGCUAGACAGAUGGAACCUUCAGGUGGAGAGAAGCCUCGCCCAGCCGGAGGAGGGCACACAGAAGCUCCCACUGAACGUGUUCAACAACUACUUCAGCCUGGGCUUCGACGCCAACGUCACACUGGAGUUCCACGAAUCCAGAGAAGCCAACCCUGAGAAGUUCAACAGUCGCUUUCGCAACAAGAUGUUCUAUGCAGGGGCUGCGUUCUCCGACUUCCUCCAGAGGAGCUCCAGGGAUCUGUCUAAACACGUCAGAGUGGUGUGUGACGGGACGGAUCUCACUGCUAAGAUCCAGGAGCAGAAGUUCCAGUGCAUCGUCUUCUUAAACAUCCCCAGGUACUGUGCGGGCACCAUGCCAUGGGGGAACACAGGAGACCAUCGGGAUUUUGAGCCUCAGCGCCAUGACGACGGCUGUAUUGAAGUCAUCGGCUUCACCAUGUCCUCCCUUGCGGCACUGCAGGUAGGAGGUCAUGGUGAGAGGCUGCACCAGUGUAGAGAGGUGACUCUGACCACCUUUAAGACCAUCGCUGUACAGGUGGAUGGAGAGCCGUGUCGCUUGGCCCCCUCAACCCUCCGGAUCUCCCUACGCAACCAGGCCAACAUGGUACAGAAGAGCAAGAGACGCACCUCAGUACCCCUGCUCAAUGAUAUUCAGAAAGUGUGUGCAGCAGACCUGCGCCGCCUUUCUGCUCCCCCUGACUCCUUCUCUGUCCCCCAUGCUGUCCCCGAGCGCCUCCGCCUCAGAGUCAACCGGAUCAGUCUCCAGGACCACGACAGGCUACAGUUCGACAAGGAACGACUCCGAGACAUCUCGAUCGCUGUGGGGAUUGUGGUGGUGAGAGGGGACUGUGACCUGGAGACCUGCAGACUCUACAUAGACAGGCUACAGGAGGAUCUUCAUCAGGCUCCAUCUGCUGGCCACCGAGUGCAUUACCAGGAUGAGUGUCGAGGUCUACCGCGACCUGGCUCCGCCCACAGGCUGUCCCCCAACUGGAGCUUCCUGGACUCUACGUCCGCAGACCGUUUCUACCGCAUAGACAAGGCCCAGGAGCACCUGCACUAUGUGACAGAAAUCUGCCAAGAAGAGGUGUUUAUCCUGGAUCACGAUGGACUAGCGGGGGGACCGGCCACAGGCAUGCCUGACCUGGUGGUGGAGCCCAACUCUGGGAGCCCUCUGACGUCUGAGGAACAAGCACUGCUGACGGCUGCCUCCUCUGGGGACCUGACUACGGUUAGAUACCUCGACCGUCUCCCUAGCAAACAUCUGACUGUCUUACUAGAAAUAGCUCAAAAGCCAUUUCCGGACAUAAUAUGCACUACUGAAGUCGAUACAGACGUUUCUCUCAUAGCUGUGUUCUUCCUGUCUCUCUUUCAGUUGUCGGGCAGCUUCUUUCGCGGGACCAGCCUCCUGGUGAGGGAUUCUACUGGUUGUAGUGCACUACACCUGGCCUCUCAGCACGGACACACUGAAGUGGUCCGCUUCAUACUGGAGCACGGGUCAAAGGUGCUCCUGGAUUUAACCAACAGAGAAACAGGAGAUACUGCCUUGCACAAAGCGGCCUCUCAGAAGCAUCACGCUGUGUGUCGUCUUCUCAUGGACUCCGGAGCUUCCCUCAUCAAGACCAACUUCAAGGGCAAGACCCCAGUAGAGCAAGCUCGUGAUGCGGGGGACCAAGAGCUGGCCUCCUACCUGACCAGCAAACAGCUCCCUACCACUGUCUCCCACGAAGAUCUAGAGACUGCUGUAUGAGAGAGAGAGAGAGAGAGAGAGAGAGAGAGAGAGAGAGAGAGAGAGAGAGAGAGAGAGAGAGAGAGAGAGAGAGAGAGAGAGAGAGAGAGAGAGAGAGAGAGAGAGAGAGAGAGAGAGAGAGAGAGAGAGAGAGAGAGAGAGAGAGAGAGAGAGAGAGAGAGAGAGAGAGAGAGAGAGAGAGAGAGAGAGAGAGAGAGAGAGAGAGAGAGAGAGAGAGAGAGAGAGAGAGAGAGAGAGAGAGAGAGAGAGAGAGAGGUAAGCAAGCCCCCUUCACCUCCAUAGAGAGAGGUAAGCCCCCUUCACCUCCAUAGAUUGACUGAGGGAUCCUGCACAGGAAAAUGUUUCAUCAAAAUUAUUGCAUUUAUUUAUUGAUUGAUUGUAAACGUAUGGGAGUGUUGGGGUAUGGAGUUGCCUGUUGUUCACUGAAUGCCACGGUCUGGGCUAGGUUAGGGGUCAGGGAUCAGAGGUGAGGGUUCGCAGACACACAAACCCUCUCUCAGUGCGGCCCUGCGGUUAAACCACGUACAUAGUUUCAAUGUAUGUAUUUCCCAGAAGGCCUUUGUGAAUCAUUCAGAAUCAUUCAGACGUGUGCCAACGACACGCAGCACUGUGAGGCAGGGACAGCACCCAGCACCCUCCAUACUACUACCACUGCUACAUUUGGAUACCACUACUGCUAGUAUAUCCCAACAACACUGCUAGGCUUGUAGACAACCAAUUCUAAGCCUCCACAACCCCCCCUGGAGGCCAGUAUGGGACUGAGAUGAGUGGACAGACAGCUAGGCAGACAAAGAAAAGAGAGACGGACUGAUUCUUCAUGCAGCCCCGGGGACCCAUUUCACACCCAACCCGAGCAGCAUGUACAUACCUACAGAAUGUGUGUUUGUGUGUUCAGUUCUUUUAGACUUGCGUGUGCGUUCAUAUGCGUGUUUGUGUGAUGCAGAGACAGAGGGGGAGUGUGUGUGUUUGUGUGAUGCAGAGACAGAGGGGGAGUGUGUGUGUGUGUGUUUGUGUGUUCAGAUCUUUUAGACUUGCGUGUGCGUGCAUAUGCGUGUUUGUGUGAUGCAGAGACAGAGGGGGAGUGUGUGUGUGUGUGUGGGGGGGGGCUGCUUGAGAGAGAAUAGUAAAAAAAUAAAUCUGAGCCAUAUUCAAUGCAAUAUGAAUGAAUGAUUUUUUUGCAUUUCCCUAUUCAUGUUUACAUUACAUUAAUGUUUUAACAGUGCUUUAUGGCACCAAGGAGUGUUGAAUGUGCAAUUUCUUACCGUGCUGGUGUGUGUGUGGCUGUGUUUCUGUUGUUGUGGACACCUCAAAGGGGUAGGUUUAGUUUGGUUGACUUUAUAUGAUUUAAACACUAAAACUACUGUUAGGUAUUGUAAAAACAGCUGUAAUGUGUUAAGAUGACUGUUCUGAAAACCAAGACAGAUGUAAUUUAGUACUUGACCUUGUUUUAUUUAUUCAGCGUCUACCAGUGGUCGAAUAUGACCUGGGAAAUUGAACUGUUUUUAUGUUGUUCUGCCUCCCUCCAUCCCCCACUACCCUGCCUGGAUGUGCUUAGCGCCAUAAACCAUAGAGAUAGACUGAGGAAUCGAAAUGAAUAUAACCCGUUUUAGCAUGGACAUUUCCAUUACGUUUUCAACCAUUUUCUUUUAGUCAACUGGGUGGGGAUUCCUAUGGUUGGGACUUUCAGCCAAUGAUCCGAGCAUUGUCUUCCACUUCUUCAAAUUGGGUUGCCUAUGGUUUGCAAAUGGCUUUAAGAUAUAUUACUGCCAUCUAGUGGCCACAAUAAAUAAACGACACACAAGAUUUUGUUCAGGAUUCUAGAACUGCAGGUGGUGGUAAAUUACCAAUACUAGCUUUUGGCUUUUUUUCAAAUACAAAUUGAGAAGAAAAUUGACUACUCUACAAUGGAGAUGCCCAUGCAGUCACAUAUGCCAUUUUGGCACAGAUACAAAGAUGAGUCGUCUAUCUAUCUCUAUGAGACAAACAUCCAUUAUUUAUGAUUAUUGUGAAUAAAUUGGAUAUAAUUUUGUAUUAUUUUGUGUUCUUUAUUAUUCAACAUUGUUGUGCAUGCCAUUUUCCUUCCCUCCUUAGAAGUUGCUACCACAUAAUAAUGACAUCACAAACUGGCAUUAUUAUUAUUAUGUUAUUAUAAUUGUUAAGAUUUGAAUAGUUUUAUACCUAAGCAUAUGGGUAAGGUUUGAAAUGUUUAAUGGUUCUACUUUUGCUUUUGUAUUUUUCAGACCAUGGGAUUACUUGAAUGUUGUUGUUUAUUUUGUAUUCUCUAAAAGUCGUAUAGUGCUGCCUCUCUCACAACGUUUCCUGUGUUUUGAUUGGUCAUUGACGUGAUGUCACAGUGAGGUCACAGUAAUGAGGGCCUGUGAGGAGAGUCUCUUGAAGUCUCCCAACGUUCUUAGUGUCUGUGAAGAUGAAUUUGAACACUAGGGUGGUUGAAUAUCAAGGCAGCCUGCCCCUAACCCUAGGGAAUACCCUUAGAGAACAUAAUAAGAGAGAACCUAGUGGGAAUGCUGUAUAUUCAGUCUACUGAGAGACCUUAUCAGUAGUCAGUUAGUCUCCGCAGUGUGCCUGUUAGAUAACCUGUAAUUAUAAUGAUUCAGACCGGUGUCUGUGUCAAAUACUGGAGGUGUGCUUUGCUUGUCUGGUACAAUGGAACCAAGAAUAGUAGCAAAAGUGCAAACUCCACCCAACCUGCAUGCUAGUCAAGCUAAAUGAAGUGCACCUCAAGUAUUUAACGUAUCGGACCUAGGUCUGACCUUUAACCUCUUAUAACCCAGUAAUACCCAGUACUACAGGGCAUUGAUAAGGCCGGUACAGACAUGGAGAACAAUAGCUGCUGGUCAUACUGGGUACUACUACUUCUAGAUUUCUUUAGCUUCUUAUGAGUUUACACUGAUUUCCCUCAAUCCCCAUUUUCCCCCCACAGGGAUUGGUUAGUGCCAUAUUGAGUCUUUCGAUGUUACAGUAACAAAGAUGUUGCAGAUGUUACAAGGACUUUCUGAAAUAAUCGGACCUCAAACCAAAAACACUCUUCUCCCACAGAUAUCUUCCAACGGGGACUUAAAAGGUUUUCAUCCAAAAUCACUGUUGUUCAACUGUUAAAUGUUCUGCAAGUUAUUUUUGGGAAAUAAAAUGACUUUUGAGAGGCAUAGAAAGCAUGCCGGGGUGUACAAUUGUAACAUCUGAAUAAUCGUAUAAUUUUAGAAGGAGAUUAAAGUUUUCAUUGAAACA